CCACUCCAUUUGUUUUGUCUCGUUUCUUUAAACUCUCUUCUUCUUAUCUGUCUAAGUUCAACCUUCUUUCCUUGUAAUGGUUUCAUGGCUCCCCACUUUCUUUCUCUUAAAUCCAUUUAUCCUCUUAAUAUCUUCUUCUUUUUAUUAAAUCUUCACACCUAACACUCACUCUCACAUUCUCACACCACCGCUUCUGUUUUCCCUUAAUGGGUUUCCAUUUCUUUUGAAGAAAGCUUUUGCAUGUGAAGCCUUUUAGCGCAUAGUUGAAGAAAAGAAGCCGCUUCACAUCUUUCGUCUCUCUUCAUUCUAUCUGCCAUUUUAUCUUCAGGCUGAACGAUAAUCUCAAUCGAUCUCUGCACGUUUCAUAGCUGUUUCCUUCAAUCUUUACCAUGGGAACCAAAAUGAAAGGCAUAUACAAAAGUUUCAAAUACAUUUCCCAAAUCUUUGUUGUAAAGGAGCGAGAAAUGGAAAUUGGUUAUCCAACAGAUGUUAAACAUGUGGCACACAUAGGUUGGGACGGCCAAUCUGGUACUGCACCCAGCUGGAUGAAUGACUUCAAGACAGCUCCUGAUUUCUCAACAUCAAUUGGGAACUCAAUGGACUCUAGUAAUAUGGCACUUUCCACAUGGUCCUCCCAAGAUUUUGAACAAUCAAUGGGAGGACAACCGGCAUCUGAUAUAUUUAAAGACAUUCCACCUACAGAUCUUCCAAAUAUUCCCAAGAAACAGAAGCGGAAAAAGAAAUCAUCAACUUCCUCUCCCUUGUGUGGGUCCUCUAGAUCUUCCCGAGCAGCAAAGUCUAGGACUACAUACAAUGAAAUGGGGACAGCAAACGUGCAAGUAUAGAAUUUGUGUCUGAUUGUUAGGUUCAUUACAGACGUCUGGUAACUACUAAUGUGCAUAGCUAAUACUGCAACUGUCCCCCUUUCUUUAAAUGAGAUGGUUAGAAAGGCAAGAAUGAAGAAGUUGGAAAAUGAACAAAACUUUUGUGUAAAUUUAAAGAAGAAAGGAAAUUAGCUGGGGGACACGAACACGUUCAGGGAAGGGAAGAAAGGAAUGAUCAUUGUUCAAGAAUGGUACUAAUUUAGACAGAUCUGAAAUUUUUUUUUUUUUUUUUUUUUUUGUGGGGAGGAAUUAAUAAAUAUGUAGAGAUGUGGAUUGUGUGCUGGUGAGAAGUUUUGGGAAUACAAUUUUAUUGGACUUGAAAAAAAAAAAACGUUGGGUAAUUUUAAUGAACAGUGUGAA